CCUUGCAGCAUUAUUUGCCCUUUAAUUAUUUAUUACAACAGUAGUAAGUAUCCAUACACGCGCUCUUCGGCAAGUGCUUAAAGACAAAAGUAAUGGAAAGUUUCAAACGUCAACCAUACUUCUCGAUUAUCUUUUUCACGGCCCUAAUAGUCCCGGUAGUUGAUAAAUCCACUUCAGAAUUAAAAAAAGGGAAAAGAGGAAAUAAUAAGAAAAAUCAAAGGUGACGCCUUGACCUCUGCUGAAGUCUUCCUUUCAUCUGUGUCCCGUGUUCAUUGAAGUCCACAGAGUCUAGUUUCAGAAGAUGCAAUAAUCAUAGCAGAUACUAAGCCCCAAUCACCAUAUUUCCAUGGAGAUUCCUAAGCUCCACAUAAUUCAACACUCUCUCUGUAUAGCACUUAUUUUCCUUCUUCAGCUCUCGUCACUGCAGUUCGCCUCACUCGGCUACACCGUCCCAGAUAAGUACUUCAUAAAUUGUGGGUCAGACAACAGUGUCACCGAAAGUGGAAAGGUCUACGUUGGUGAAUCAACACCUCAAGCCACUUUUAGCAGCAGUAACACAGAAAAGAACCAGUCAUCGGUUCCUUCUCCUCUUUACCAAACAGCAAGGAUUUUUCUAAGGGAAUCUUCGUAUAAGUUCAACAUCGAUAAAAAUGGCACCUACCUGGUACGCCUCCAUUUCUUCCCUUUCUCUUCUCCCACUAAUCUUUCCUCUGCCAGGUUCAACGUUUCAGUUCCUGGCUUUUGGUUGUUGCAAAAUUUUAAUGGUAGAAAUGAUACCAAUAACAACUCUGCUUUAGUAAAAGAGUUUUUCAUGGAAAUCAGUACCCCCAGCAUAAAAAUAACUUUCAGACCUCUGGAAUCAUCGUUUGCGUUUGUGAAUGCCAUAGAACUGUUCGUACUUCCCCUCCAUCUGAUAUCCGACCAAGUGUCGCGUUUCACUCGGAUUGGGGGUACAUCUACCCUCAGCGGAGGUUUGUACUCUCGGGUGUUGGAGACCAAACACAGGCUUAACGUUGGUGGCCAAUCUACCAGAGAUAUCUUAAUAAGAAACUGGAUUCCAGAUGAUAUAUAUCUCACUUAUCCGGAAAACGCCAAGAAUCGUUCCGCUUACCAGGGUCAAAUCGUGCCCCGUGUAGGUGAUGACGCCGAUGGUCCAAACGCAACUAGUUAUACUGCGCCAUCUGAGGUGUACGGGACUGCUAAGGAGUCUAAGAACAUCUCUGACAAUGCCACAGACUUGGGACUUUUCAACCUGACAUGGGCUCUUCCGGUGGACAACAACACAGAUAAUUUCCUUCGGCUUCACUUCUGUGACUAUGUCAGUGCACAAGUUGGCCUUACAUACUUCGAACUUUCCAUUUAUGACUUUCAUGUCAUGCAGGUAAAUAGUGACGAAAACGUGUCUAAGGAGUUGCCUGCCCCUUAUUAUUAUGAUUUCGUGGUGAGCUCUGACAACUCUGGAUAUAUUAAGGUCAGCCUAACACCUAAUGGAACCGCUGCCAUACCAAAUACCUUUUUAAACGGGCUGGAAAUAAUGAAAGUGAUUGAAUCAUCAAAUUCUGUCCCCCCUGAGUUGGACGAAAACGGUUCUGGGCAUAAUCUUCUUCCUGUGUUGCUUGGUUCAGUUCUCGGUGGUUUAGUCUUGGUUGUUGUUGUGGUGCUACUUGGCUUUCUUUGGCGUUCUAAAAUGAGGAAGGAAAAGCCCGUUGAGAAUUCGGACUGGUUGCCAAUCCCCGUUAAUGCUGGAGGGAGUUCUCACAGCAGAUUGACUGAUAUAACCAGUCACGGGUCUCCCCUUCCCAACAUAAACCUUGGGCUCAAAAUUCCCUUGAUUGAUCUUCAACUGGCAACUAAGAACUUCCACGCAAGUCAGCUAAUUGGCAAGGGUGGUUUUGGCAACGUCUACAAGGGAGUUCUCAAGAAUGGCAUGACAGUGGCUGUGAAAAGAAGCCAGCCAGGUUCAGGUCAAGGCCUUCCAGAAUUUCAGACAGAGAUCAUGGUUUUGUCUAAGAUUCGCCACAAGCACCUUGUUUCCUUAAUUGGGUAUUGUGAUGAGAGGUUCGAGAUGAUUCUGGUCUAUGAAUACAUGGAAAAAGGGACACUCAGGGACCAUUUGUAUAAUACAAAGUUCCCAAGUCUAUCCUGGAAGGUGAGGCUUCAAAUAUGCAUUGAUUCUGCCAGGGGUCUUCAUUACCUUCACAAAGGAGCAUCUGGGGGAAUCAUUCACCGUGAUGUAAAGUCCACAAACAUAUUGCUUGAUGAGAACCAUGUUGCUAAAGUUGCUGAUUUUGGUCUUUCAAGGUCAGGUCCUGCUGAUACUCAACCUCAUGUCACCACUGGUGUUAAAGGCACUUUUGGAUAUCUUGAUCCUGAGUAUUUCAGGUCGCAACAACUGACAGAAAAAUCUGAUGUCUAUUCAUUUGGAGUAGUUCUUUUGGAAGUGUUGUGUGCAAGAGCAGUGAUUGAUCCAUCUCUUCCAAGAGAUCAGAUAAACUUGGCAGAAUGGGGAUUGCUUUGCAAAAACAAGGGGAUACUCCAAGAGAUCAUCGAUCCUUCCAUCAAGGACCAAAUUGAUCAAAACUCACUCAGAAAAUUUAGUGAGACGAUAGAAAAAUGCUUGCAAGAAGAUGGUUCUGAUAGGCCAUCCAUGGGCGAUGUGUUGUGGGACUUGGAGUACGCGCUGCAGCUUCAGAAAGGUGCAAAUGCAAUACAGAGAGAGCCGUAUGAGGAUAGUUCUAGUAGUGUUUCUGCAUCACUUCAAUUGCCCAAUGUUCGGCGUCUUCCUUCACUCUCCACACUGAGUGAAGCGGAUGAUACCAUUGUGAGGGGUGAUGAAUCCGAUAGUGUUGUGGAUUCGGUUUUCUCCCAGUUGAAGAUUGAUGAUGCCAGAUAGAGUAUCGAGCACUUCUAGGUAGUCAUCUAUUGGAAAAUGUCUUGAGUAUGUACCUGCUUUUAAGAUAGAUUUUUCAACGUUUCGUCCUUUUUUUUUCUGUAGUUUUUGUUGUCAGUCUAUUGUGGUUUAAAUAACGUUAUGAAAGGAAUUGUAAAACCAUUGAUUAUUAAUCAAUUCCUAUGCUGGCAAUAAAUUAUUGAUAAA